GCCAAAGCGAGCGUAGUGCAAGAUAUGCGUGCCGUAGGAAUGUGUCAAAGUGAUGCACCUCGCGAUGCUGUGCGUGGGUGCGCCUUGUAUCUCCUGCGGCCGACGGUGAUAGGCCGUGUUAGAAUGAGACGUCGCAACGACGAAAUGCGAGCUGUUCUCUGAUGAUGAAUUGCCGAGUUGCUGGUUUUUAGAUGAAGAUAUUUUGGAUGCAGUUUCAUACGGGGGAUGUUAGAUUCCAAGCUGGUAGAGGAACUUGGAGGCGGUUUCUGAGAGGCGAUACCGCGAUAAGACGUGUAAGUGAAUGGAAGGAGCCGCAAAGGGCUGUUGCCAAUACGCUGACAGCCGGCUCGGCUCUGCAGAAGAACAGAAGGAGUAACAGCUACAAGACAAGGGAAUUUGACAAGAGCGACAACUCGAAGCAGAAUUUCUUCAGUUCAACUUCAAGCACGCGGGAAAUCCGAGUAAACAAGGAACAAGGAACAGGCAGUACAAGACACAUGAAGCCAAUACUUCUGAGCCAGAGGGGUCGAGGGAGACUUUUAUCAUGUCUCCAAGGGCAGGACCAAGACCGCGCAGUUUCUGAUCCUCCCUCCAAGACAUCCCGGACCCUAGACCCAGACCCUGGGAACCAGCAUCCAAGGAACAAGCAUCCAAGGAACAAGCAAAUCGGAUAUCCUCCUCCACCGUCCCCACGGCCUGAGCUCGGAUGCAGCAAGCCACUCGACUAGCAGCCCGAGGCCCAAGAGAAGAAAAAGCUGGUAGACUGGAGCGAUUGGAGCCAAGAGCCA